CGAGUAUCUUGCGCAGUGCGGUCCGUGUCUGACUGUGUAGGCGCACGUCGCGGCCGCUUAAUACUUCUUUGUUUACAUCCAACGCGAUCCUUUGUAUUCUUGGUAACGCGAUGGAGAACCAACGCAUUGUCUCCGACUUUUAUUAACACUCUCUUAUAAGUCUUGUAGGCUCUGUAUGUGAUAGUGAAAGUAAUGUAAUAUUAGUAAAAAUGAUUGGAGACAAUGAAGAGUCACAAGUGACAACUUCAUCGACAGAAUUCUCUCUGAAUCUCUGCUUUGAAGACAUAAACUACUCCGUCAGGCAUGGCAUCUUCGCUGGUGGGCGUAAAUGCAUCCUGAACAACCUCUCUGGUACUUUCAAUGCUGGUGAGCUGACAGUCAUCAUGGGGCAGUCAGGUGCAGGGAAAAGCUCUCUCAUGGAUAUACUAGCUGGCUAUACGAAACCAACAAGUGGAAAUCUAUAUGUGAACGGCCAAUUACGCAACGAAGACACGUUUCGACGGAGAUCCUGCUAUAUCCUGCAGCAGGACCAGGUUCAAGACAUGCUGACGAUACACGAGUCUCUCACCAUCGCCGCUGAACUUAAGUUAGGAAAUCACGUCACACAGGAACAGAAGAAAAAUAGGAUACACGAAAUCAUCACAUCACUUAGUCUGGAAGGAGCACGGAACACUAGAGCCGGUGACUUAUCUGGGGGACAGAAGAAAAGACUAGCUAUAGGACUGGAGCUCAUCAGCGAUCCACCAGUCAUGUUUCUAGACGAACCGACUAGUGGCCUCGACAUCUCAAUAUCAAAACAAAUGUUAUACUUGCUGCAUCUACUGGCUAGACAAGGGCGGACAGUGGUAAUCACCAUGCACCAGCCAUCUGCCACUCUGUUACGUAUGGUGGAUCGGCUGUACACAGUGGUGGGGGGCAGAUGUGCCUACACAGGUUCAGUGGACUGCCUGAUACCGUAUUUAAAACAAAUGAAUCUAAUAUGCCCACCAUAUCAUAAUCCUGUGGAUUUUCUCAUCGAAAUAUGUGCAGAGAAUGCUAACCAAUUAGUAAAUUCUUCGCAAAAUGGAAAAAAUGAAGAAUGGAAUGUUACUAACGAGACUGAUAAUAGAUUUAAAGAAUCCGUAAGAAGCGGUGAGGUGUUCCUGACUACAUUGCCUUCACCAAAGGAAGAUCCCACCAACAAAAUACUAUUAGCUUUAAAAAGUACAUAUUCAACGUCAUAUUGGAAACAAUUCACUACAUUAACAAGAAGAUCUAUUUUGUCUAUAUGGCGAAACCCAGCCUUCACAAUCAUAAUCACUGGAAUCCAUUGCUCGAUGGCGUUAUUUGUAGGUUUGCUCUUCUAUAAUAUUGGUGGUGAUGCCAAAUACAUAAGGGAUAACUUCAGCAUGCUCAACUACUGCCUCAUGUUCCUUAUGUUCACUGCCUUCAGUGCUGUUACUAUUACUUUUCCUUUGCAAAUACCAGUGAUUAGAAGAGAGCAUUUUAACCGCUGGUACUCAACAAGUACAUAUUUCAUUUCUACAUUGAUAUCAACAUUGCCUACUCAGACAGUAUGCACGCUCACCUACGCAUGUAUCGCAUACUGGCUCACAGGCCAGCCGGCAGAGUCGAAGAGGUUCCUCACUUUCUGCUUGACACUUUUAAUGGUGUCGUAUGUUGCUGUUUGCAUUGGUUUGCUCAACGGUGCCCUGUUUAAUGUAAAGAAUGGUGUAGUCGUCGGCCCGUUCUUCAUAAUGCCGUUCACCAUCUUCUCUGGUUUCUUUCUCCGAUACAGUGAUGCACCAUUUUUCUUUAGAUGGCUAUUCAGUAUUUCAUUUCUAAAACAUGGUUUAGUAGGUUUAGUAUUUGCGAUAUUAGGAAUGGAUCGACCAAAACUCCCAUGCUCUGAUGUCUACUGUCAUUAUACCUCACCGAAACAAUUCAUAACAGAUAUGGAACUAGUUACAGACAACUUCACAUUUGUAGCAGUACCAUUGUUUUGUAUCGGAUUAUUUGUUUUUAUAUGUUCAUAUUUUAUAUUAAGAAUUCGGCUCAGGAAUAAAUGGUAAGUUUGUGUAUUAACUUACCAUAAAAUACAAAAGUAGAUAUGUACGAAACAAAUUCUUGUGACAAUUUAAUAGUAUAUAUUUUUUUGUAUUUAGAAUAUAAGUAGUUAGUGUAAUAUAGUAUAAUUGGUGACACUUAUUUCAGAAGAUAAUUGGAAGGCAAAAGUCAAUUAAGCCAGUGUAUAAAACUGUUAAUAAAAAUAUGGUAGAUACCAAAUUGGUACAAGUUUAUUUUCUUAUAUUAAUCUUAAAUUUAUCUAAUUUUUACAAAUAAAGUUUAUUAAUAGCAAAACUGAAGUUAAUAUUAUUUAUAUGAAUAAAACCAAAACGCUUUGUUUUAACAAGCUAGUCGAAUUGUCAUUACAUAUAUUUGUAACUAAAACAAAGUCCAUAUUCUAAGAUAAAUUAGUCAUAAAUCAGUUAGGUUGAGGAAUUUUUUUAUUUUAUAAAUUUUAAUUAACGUACUUAUUUUUAGUAAUGUUACAUUCCAUAUUUAAAAAGCAGAAAAAAAAAUUUGGUGUUAAGUCUGCCAAAUGUGCGUAGAAUUUUUUUGUGCAUUAAAGUUUAAAUAAAUAAAACCAUUUUGUAUUUAAAUGUCAAAAACAAAAUUAGGGUUUUAGAGUCAAAAUUUUCAUAUGCUGGUAAAAAUGACGUUUACGCAAUAUGCAACAUUUGCAAUCCAAUUAAAAUUUGUAUUCGAUAUGUAAACCUUCUGUAUUUGUCGCAAGGCUCAACUUAGAUAAAUAAGUCUCAGAUCUAAAUUAAAUAUUUUUAUAUUAUUUAUUUAGAAAUAAUAUUUCGCUCAUGCCCAUGUCAGAUAUAUUGUCCUUAUCAAACUUCAUAAUCUUGGAUAUUUCACGAUCACUGCUGUCUACAUAUUCAGAUUUUAUUAAAAAAUAUCAUACUCAAUCUUAUGUGUAUCAAUAGUCGAACUCUCUUAAUUGAACUGUAAUAUAUUUUUCAUUUGUAAAAAUGCCAAAAGUACACUACGUACGUGCUUAGCAUUAAUCUGUGAUGUAGAACAUUAUACAGUAAUUUUAAGUAUAAUAAAUAAAAGAAAAAUAGCAAACCGUCUGGGUGACAUGGUAAUAAAAAGCUAAUAUAUAUAACGGGAGGUACCUCUACGUAGCAAUAGGACGGUGAUGAUAAUGAUGAUAAAGGACGAUUAAAAUCUUUGAAAUCCGUCUGAUGACUGUGAUAUCCCUACUAUGGCUUACUAACUCAAUCAGUUUUCACUUUAAGAUAAUUCAGAAAUUUUUAUACGUCCUUGAGUAUAAAUUAUUUCAAUAGUCAAUAGAAUAAUAGCAUAUUAUUAUAUAAUAAAUAACACGAAAUGUUGAAAAUAAAUUAUAAUAUACUGUGUAUAGUUUCCAAAUUAAUUUUGAAAUAUAAACAUCGAAUAAGCUUUGUCAUUAAUAUUAAAACAUACGGAGUCAAUCAAUAAGUAUUUAUUCGUGUAGUGAUUACAUAAUGUUACCACAUUUUAGAUGAAUAGUAAAACCGUUGCAUUACUGUUGUUUAUCUACUCAUUUCCCAAUAAAUGACUGUCGAGAAUUUUUUUUUUUGUUCAAAAUAUAAUAAAAACAUAAUAUUGACAACAGCACAUUGAUAAUGUGUGAAUCUUUUUUUUUAUAAAAAUAUUAAAAUUAUAUAAAAAUCUAAUACUAAUUCAAUACGUAUGAAUAGUAGAUAUUGUAUUAUUCGAAUUAUUGUACAAAAAUAAACUCUCGGGUAAAGAUUUUCGAAUAAAAAAAAAUUAUCAUACCUAGUCGAUAGAUACGUUUGAAAUUUUUACAUCUUGAAUGUAAAGGGAUAGAUACUAGAAUUAUUACUUUGUUAUCAAUUGCAUUUUUUUCCUAAUAUAACAAUUUAUUUUAAAUUUUAUUUAAUUUGAUCUAUAUCUACAGGUAAUGAGUUUGUAAUGUGAUAUGACAAAGGGCAAUGCACCAUUGUCACUAUUGCAACAUUGAGUAAAAUUGAUGCUAGAUUAAUAAGAUAUCCGAUUCGAAUCCUAAUAAUGAUCCUAGAUGACAACAAUUAUGAAAUAAACAUAUUAUAUGGGUAGACAUUAUAUGGAUACAUAUUAUAUAAGAACUGUAUAAAGUUGUCAUGUUUAUUUUUUACUUAAAGUUGCUACUCAAAUAGCUUGUACUAUACUUCAACGGUGUAAGUAGCGUUAAGUUUUUAAAAUCUAUUGUGUAUUACAAAUAUGUGGUUCAUAUAAUGGUAAAUAAUUAUAUCUGCCUAUUAGGAUACUAGAAAAAUGUAGACAGUGUAUAUUAAAUAAUCAAUAAAUAAUAACUUUAUAGUACAAAUUGUAUCAACUAUCCACUCACAAAUGUGAAAUCUUAAAAAAAUAUAAUAUAUUUUUAAUUAUUGGGCGCGAUUCUGAGACACUAUUUCGCUAAACUUAUCUCUUGACCUUAUAUUUUAAUUUGAUUGUUUUGCAAAAUUACUGUUAUGUAAAAUUAUCAAGUUUAAAUGUUAGAGAUAAAUUAAAAGAAAUGAUACCUCAGAACUGGCCCCAUUAUAUACUUAGUCGGUUCUCAUUUAUAGUCAGCAAUGACUUUUACUUUUUUUUAUCGCAGUCUUGCCAUACGUUUACUUUAUACUGUUGAUACAUUCCGUAAUACUACAUGUAUUAUUGUAUAGCAUAGCUUAAGUAAUGGUGCAUGUAUUUUUUACCUACCUAUACGUUGUGAAGGAAGAAUAUUUAUAUUAUAAUUGUAAUAAAAAUUAUGACUUUUUUGUUUCUUUA